UUACUAUAAAUAAGCUUCAAAGAAUCAUCUUCACUUCAUAACUUCAUUUCAAAUUUAAAAAAAAAUCUCUUCCUCUUCAAAUUACCACUUCAAUCCCCCUAGUUACUUUUCUACCUCAACUCUCUCAUCUAAGAAUCUUCAAGAACAAUGAAGAAAGUUGUGCUAAAGUUGGAUAUACAUGAUGACAAAAUCAAGCAAAAAGCUAUGAAGACAGUCUCUGGCAUUUUAGGGGUUGAGUCAGUUUCAGUGGACAUGAAAGACCAAAAAUUAACCUUAAUAGGUGAUACUGAUCCGGUGCGUGUAGUUGCUAAGCUAAGGAAGAUUUGUCAUGCAGACAUGGUUUCAGUUGGACCAGCUAAAGAAGAAAAGAAAGAAGAACCUAAAAAGAAGGAAGAUGAUAAGAAGGAUUCAACAAAAAAAGAAAUUGUGAUUGAUCCUUUCAUGUUCUAUGGAACACCAACAUAUGCUUACUAUAAUCAGAUGAAACCACAAUAUAAUUAUCCUUAUUACGUUGAAGAGGAUCCUAAUGGUUGUGUCAUCAUCUAAAUUUCUUAUAUUAAGUUUGAUAAAAAAAUAAAAAGCAAUCCCAAAAAAAUCAAUAUAUUUAUCUUUUUGCUUUUGGUUUUAUGAUUUUGAAAAGUAGUAUGAUGUAUAGUAGUGUACGGUGUUUGAUUAUAAUAGAGGCUUAUCCUGGACCACUCUUUUAUAUUUUA